AUGCUUUCUAAGACACUUUUGAAGAGUAAUCAUAAAACAUUUUUGUUCCUCAGGAAAAAUAUUAUUACAAAUGGAUCUGAGAAAAACAAACAAAACAACUAUUCACAUCCCAGUUAUUUCGAGAAUCCUUUAAGUUGUCCUGAUUAUUUUGGUCUUAAGAACUUGGUUAAUGUUACGGAUUUAUUCCAAGCUCGUGUUCAUUUGGGUCACCGAUCGGCGUUACGCAAUGAAUACAUGAAGCCAUACAUAUACGGUUGUAGACAAGGUGUAGACAUAAUUGAUCUACAACAGACAUGUUCCUUGAUGUUUGAUGCACUUAAUUUCGCGGCUCACAUUGCCUACCGUCAAGGAAUAAUACUUUUUAUGUACCAGAAUAAACAAAUGUUACCCUUAAUUGAAAGGACUGCUGAAAAUGUUGGCGAGUAUUCUUACUGCCGCAAAUGGGAAGGUGGAGUUUUCACAAACUCAUCGGAUGUUUUUCAUGACUCUGUGAGGCUACCUGACUUAGUCCUUUUUCUCAGCACCUGUAAUUCAAUCUGCAGACCACAUUCUGCUGUACGAGAUGCGGCAAAGAUGCUCAUCCCAACAAUUGGUGUAGUUGAUACGAAUUCGGACCCCAGAUUAAUUAGCUAUCCUGUGCCCGGUAACGACGAUAGCCCUACAUCAGUACGUUUGUUCUGUGCGUUAUUCGCUGAAGCUAUUACAAGGGGCAAAAAGGCCGCUGCUCGAGACCGAAUAUUAAAGGAGCAGCUGGACCGCCAAUCAGAGUCAUCAAAUCGCGUGGGAACAUCAGCAAUCCCCUAA